AAACUACCUGAUUUCUUUUAACAUUACGUAAGGAUAUUAAAUAAACGAAAAUACGAAACGUCUGUAUUGCCUGUAUUUUAAACAUUAAGAGAGAAAAACCAAAUCUACUGAAGUCAUAAACUGACACGUCUUUGUAAGUGUCAACCUCACGGCAAAUGUAGGAUAAAUUAAUGCCAAAAGAAAAUAGUAAACGAGUACAUGGAUUAACCUUCAAAAGAUCUACACAAAAUGGAAAAUUUUACGAAAGAACAAAUAGAAGAGUACCGCCAAGCAUUUCGUGUGUUUGAUAAGGAUGGUGACGGGACGAUUUCUACAGAAGAAUUAGGUGUGGUUCUUCGAUCCCUAGGACAGAACCCCUCUCCUGAGGAACUUGAUGAUCUAGUGGAAGCCAUAGAUGUUGAUGGAAAUGGAAUCAUCGAUUUUAGUGAAUUUUUGCAAAUGAUGGCAAGAAAAAUGCAAGAAGUAGAUGUUGAAAAUGACAUAAGAGAGGCAUUCAAAGUCUUCGACAAAGAAAACAAAGGCUACAUUACUGCGUCAGAGCUACGUCAUAUAAUGACGAAUUUGGGUGAAAAACUCUCUGAUGAUGAGGCUGAUGAGAUGCUCCUCGAGGCCGAUAGGGACGGUGAUGGACAAAUUGAUUACGAAGAAUUCACAGCAAUGUUGGCCGGGGGACUGAAGCAGCAGUAAUCCAGAGAGAGAGAGAGAGAGAGAGAGAGAGAGAG